AUGGAUCCCGUAGACAUUGGCUCCGAGGAAUCCGUCCCUCAUUUGGCUGGAGAUUUACCUGAUGCCUCUGCACCAAGCUCACCGACUGGGCCGACUUCACCACAGCUACCUGUAGAAGAAGCCGAACUGACUCAACCAGCACAAACACAAGCUUCCUCCCGAAACUCUUCUCAAGGUGCCAGCAGCAGCGCCUCCAAUACCUCAGCGCCCGCUUACGACCCUCGCGCUUUGUUGAACCCCAAAGCUGCCGCCAAGCGCGCCCGCACCCAGUCCAGCCAGCCUGAAGGCGCAUCAGCAGAGCAACCGACAGAUGAGACUACCGGGCUAGGCUCUAUGAUCGAGCGCAUGCAUGGUGUGCAGCGCCGCGAAGAUCAGCCGGCAAAGAAGCAGAAGCGCGAUCCUACAGACGAGCCAGCCGGCACCAAGGCCACCUUCGAAGGCGCCGGCAAGAACACCGUUCUUGGAGAGUAUGUCACCGAACAGAAGAAACUUGGAGAGAAAGAAGCUGGCCCACUUCCCGCAUCAUCCUCGGUCGUAGACCUCACUGCCGAUGAUGAUGAUGAGAUCGUCUUCGUCAAAGACACCGGUGACCAAGAGGUGUGUCUGGGCAAGAUUGAGGGUGCUAAACUCUUGGCCUAUAUUGUUCCAGGCCCAACGGCUUCUGGAUUUCAGGGCUCCAACAACCAUUGGCCUCCGUUAAGGAUAUCACUUCACCGGCGGCCCGGAGCCAACGUGCUCAUCUCGGCCACUGAUCCUCGUGGUGUAGACUUUGGCCGCGUUGCCCCUCCUCUUGCCUUCGCCCUGCAACCUCUGAUGGACAACAAGAUCUUUAGUCUAAGAAUUGAUGCCCGCACAGAAACUCGGCGGAAAAUAGCCGGCGAAAAAGUGGGAGCUAACACCACGAUACAAAUACCCCUCAACAUCCACCUCUUUGCGCCUCGCAAGCAUGCCAAGGACAUCGGACGCUUGCUUAGCCACCACUCGUCUUGGCUUCGUGAUCCUACCAUUCCUCUUGGGAAGAGUAUUCCCUACGACAACCCGCAGGCUAUCAAGCCCACCACUCCACGCGUACAGCCUGGCUCGAGCAGUAAUCAGCCCGCAUACGGCUUCGUUGCCCGGACGGUUGAGGAGGUUCGCUCUGAUGUCAUCAGCAUGUUCGAUUCUCUUGCCAAGUCAGAUGCUAUUCCCGAGAUGCAACAGCCGGAUAUUAUCCAAACGGACCUGCUACAGCAUCAGAAGCAAGCUUUACAUUUCAUGACCUCUCGCGAGACGGAGGAAGAGGCAGACGAUAAGCUUUCAUUGUGGAAGGUAAAGCUGCGUGGUAACGGUGAGCGCCGUUACUACAACAUCAUUAGUGGCCAAGAGGCUCGUAGCAAGCCUGCUCCGAUACGCGGAGGUAUUCUGGCCGACAUGAUGGGUCUCGGCAAGACCUUGAGCAUUCUCUCCCUGGUGGCUGCGACUAUGGAAGACGCUUCGGCGUUUGCCUCAAAGAUGCCGGUUCAAACGCCUGGGGCCCCGCUUAUCAAGUGCAAUUCGAAGGCGACGCUACUCAUAUGCCCCGUAAGCACAGUCGCCAACUGGGAAGAGCAGAUCCGGACCCAUACUAAAAAGGGCUCGAUGUCGUACUACAUCUACCACGGUCCUAGCAGGACCACCGAUCCUGAGGAACUCGCCCGUUACGAUCUCGUUAUUUCGACGUACAGUGUUGUUGCUACAGAGCAUGAUAAGCCACCUGCGAAAAAGCCUCUGGCGUUGAUUAACUGGUUCCGAAUCGUCCUGGAUGAAGCUCAUAUGAUCCGCAGUGCCGCUACAAAGCAGUCUGUUGGCACCUGUGCAUUGCUAGCACAACGCCGAUGGGCUGUCACUGGUACUCCGGUGCAAAACCGCCUGGACGACUUGGGUGCUUUGAUUAAGUUCUUAAGAAUCAAGCCGUUCGACGACAAGGGCGGCUUUGCGCAGUACAUUCUCACUCCGUUCAAGAACGCUGAUCCCGAAAUUCUCCCCAAGCUACGUAUCCUCGUCGACUCGAUUACCCUGCGUCGACUUAAGGACAGAAUCGAUCUUCCACCCCGGCAAGAUCAACUGGUCCGCCUCAACUUCACCCUUGAGGAGCGCAAGCUGUACGAUUUCUUCGCUAGGGACACGGCUGCACGCAUGGCAUCUAUCACAGCGGGCAGGGACAAGUUGGCAAAGAAUCAAAUGGGUCACAUCCUUCGCGCAAUUGGCCGCCUUCGCAUGAUUUGCGCCCACGGUGCUGAGCUUCUCAGCAAUGACGACAUGAAGCUUACCGAGGGAUUGUCUUUGGACAACGCAAUCGAACUUGGAGACGAUGACGACGAUGAAGAUAAACCGGCAAUCUCGAAAGAACAGGCAUAUGACAUGCUUCAUCUCCUACGCGAAAGCGACAUGCACCACUGUGGCAUCUGCGAUCAAGUGAUUGGUACUAACAGCUUCGCCGCCGUGGCCGCCGCGGACUCCUCGGAGGAUGAGAGUGACGUCAAAAAAGAUACGACCAUCGGUUUCAUGACUCCCUGCUACCAGAUCGUCUGCCCCAACUGCCUCGAGGAGUUCAAGGCCCGGAUGAAGAAGCGCGCCGCACCGGACUGCUACAUGUACUGCCCGCUAUGCGACGCCUACGUGCGGCAGUCCAUCUUCCAACUCUCCCAAGAAGAAGCCGACCGCGACGAAGCCGCGCGCCAGCGCGUGCGUAGCAACCCGCGGCUGGCCAAGCAGCUGGGGCGCUACAGCGGGCCGCACACCAAGGUCAAAGUCCUGAUCGAGAACCUGCUCGAGAGCAAGGCCUGGAACGACGCGCACCCGGACCAGCGGCCCAUCAAGAGCGUCGUCUUCUCCGGCUGGACCUCGUACCUCGACCUGAUCUCCAUCGCGCUCGAGGACAAAGGCCUGCGCCACACGCGCCUCGACGGCACCAUGUCCCGCAAGAAGCGCGGCGCCGCCCUCGACGCCUUCCGCGAUGAUGAUAGUGUGCAGACCAUGCUCAUCUCUAUCACCGCCGGCGGCCUCGGCCUCAACCUCACGUCCGCCUCGCGCGCCUACGUCAUGGAGCCCCAGUACAACCCCGCUGCUGAGGCACAGGCGGUGGAUCGUGUGCACCGUCUCGGCCAGACGCGCGAGGUCACGGUCACGCGCUUCGUCAUGAAUGAUAGUUUUGAGGAGAAGAUGCUGGAGUUGCAGAAGAAGAAGAAGGACCUUGCAGACCUCAGUAUGAACAGGAAUGCGAAGCUGGACAGGCAGGAGGCGGCCAAGAAGAGGUUGGAGGAUUUGAGGAGCUUGUUCCGCUGA